AUGGGCUCGCUCAAGACUGCCAGCUCGUUGAUGUCGUUGCUCAGCUUCUCCUCCACCACCAGCAACCUAGACAAUGCCUCUGUCAACAAGAUCCCCACAAAGGUCCCACGUGGAACCUACGAGUAUGAUGCUCUCCCGGGCGCCCGCAUGAUCCGCCUGCUCCGGGUCCAUCGAGACGAGACCAGGACCGAUGGCCUCACCGUGUCGCUCACACCCGUCGAGCUGGGAGCUGCCCCGCCCUUCUACGCCGUGUCCUACACUUGGGGGCCCCCUCGCCUGAGUUCCCACUCCGAGUCCGCCCAUCCUCCUGCCGAGCAAUUCAGCCCUCUUGUUGUCCGCGCCCCGGCUGUGGACAAGGCUAGGAAGCGAGACAGCCUGGUAAGACCUCUCUGGGCCAAGGUGACUCGGAGGAAGCAGCCCUACAUAUGGGUGGGCGAGAACUUGCGCAAUUUCCUCGUACAUGUCUGCAAGACGCCGGAAUGGACCGGCCGCUACUUUUGGGCCGAUGCCAUCUGCAUCGACCAGAACGACCAGGUGCACCGCGCCAAGCAGGUCGCCAUGAUGGGCGACAUCUACACGGCCGCCCAAAAGGUGCUCGUGUGGCUGGGCAAGGAAGAACCCCACGCCGACGUGAGCUGGGUCUUUCAAGAAUUCAUCCCUCGUAUCGUCGAGGUCGAGACGGCGCACGGCACCGAAUACCUCGAGUCCAUCGAUCCCGAGUGCACCCCGCCAGAUUCCAAAGGGAUCAUCGGCGAGCGGAUGUGCGAGCGCUGGCAGCGGACCUGGCUCGCGUGGACCGACUUCAUCGCUGACCUGGCCUGGUUCACCCGCGGCUGGGUCAUCCAGGAGACCACGCUCAAGGCCGAGGACGACGUCGUCAUGCUCUGCGGCUCGCAGACCUACAGCUGGCGCGACCUCCAGUGGUUCAUCGCCAUCUCCAGCGAGUGCAAGUGGCGCCUCAUCCUCGACAACCGCGCCAACAAGGUCCACGGCCGCGGGCCCGGCACCAUCUGGCGCACCCACAAGCGCGUGCGCCGCUCCCAGCGCGCCCGCAACGUCCUGACCGAGUCGGUCGAGAACAUCGGCAAGGCCGUCGCCUACGACGAGAUCACCUUUGCGCCUACCACGCCCGAGGAGAUCUGGCUCUCGCGCGUGCACAACAUGCUCGCCGUCUCGCGGGGGAUGAGCUUCGGCGACGAUCGCGACCACAUCUUUGGCUACGUCGGGCUCUUUGCCAAGUUCCUCCCCGAGGGCAUGGAGAACCUCAUCGUGCCCGACUACGAGAUCACCGUCGAGGAGGCGUACAAGCGCGCCAGUGUGCUCUUCCUCACGCGCCUGCCUCUCCUGAGCCACCUGUCCCGCGUGUCGGGCUCCAUGAAGCGCCGCCGCUACCCCAAUCUCCCGACCUGGGUGCAGGACUACUCCGUGUCGCCGGGCAUCAACCACUUCCAGACCUACAACUCCAAGUUCCGCAGCCGCCGCAACCCCUCGGGCAUCUCGGGCGCCCUCUUCGACGCCUCGCUCACAAAGUCGACCCGCGACCCCCCGCGGCCCGUCGUCGACGGCGACGCCCUCAUCCUCCACGGGGCCAUGGUCGACACCAUCGCCGAGCCAUUGAUCUGCUACAGCCAGUCCAGCUUCCUCGAGCGCGUGCUCAACCUCUGCGCCCGGUGGGACACGUACGCGGGCAGCAGCGCCCGCGAGCCGCAGGCCGAGGCCGUCCUGCGCACCAUCAUCGCCGACGCGGCCUUCCUCGAGGCCGACACGGACGCCUUCCUGACCAUCGGCCGCGAGUGGCUGGCGCUGUCGGUCGCCGACGGCCUGCAGCGCUUCCAGGCCGCCACGACCACGGCCACGGCGGCCGGGACAGGCAGGCGCCGCCGGGGGGACCCUUUACUCGCCAGGCUGCUCGCCCUGCAGGACUCGCACGCGGGGGCGCGCUUCCUGCCCACGCUGGCCGAGGUGGACGCGCUGCGGCGCGGGCCGGCGCCGCUGUCGAACCAGCGCCUCAAGAACAGGUACCACGAGGAGUACCUCAGCAACAGGGCCGGCCGGGGCCUCUUCACCACGGCCAGGGGGUACGUCGGGUUGGGCCCCGGGAUCGCGAGGCCCGGGGACGAGGCGUGGAUCCUGCAGGGUGGCAAGGUGUUGUUUGUGCUGCGGCCUGUGGUGGAGGAGGAGGCUGAGGGGGAGGAGGAGGCAAAGGAUGGUGAUGAAGGGCAGCAGCAGAAGACGGAGAAGAAGCAGAAGAGGUACAACUUUGUCGGAGACUGCUACUUGCACGGGGCCAUGUAUGGGGAGAUGAUGACGGAUGAGUUUCGGGAACGGAUGGGGCCCGUGGUGCUGGUGUGA